CACCUUCGACCAAUCACGCCUCUUUGCUGGUUGUGACGUUAUGACGGGUCUUUCUGCAGCGCGGGAAAAUCCACCCUAGCUAGUUUUGAACGACGGGCUAAGUUUUCGGAAACUUUUAGAAAGUAUUAUCUCUCCAAAGCGGACAGCCAUGGACGCUUCGGAGGUCGAGUUCCUCGCCGAGAAGGAGAUGGUGAAGAUAAUACCCAAUUUUAAUCUCGACAAGUUAUAUUUAAUCGGGGGAGAUUUGGGUCCUUUUAACCCCGGCCUGCCCCUGGACGUGCCUGUGUGGCUGGCACUCAACCUGAAACAGAGGCAGAAGUGUAGAGUCGUUCCUCCUGACUGGAUGGAUGUUGAGAAACUUGAGGACAUGCGGGAGGUGGAGAGGAAGGAGGAUACCUUCACGCCGGUCCCCAGUCCGUACUACAUGGAGCUGACCAAGCUGCUGUUGAACCACGCUUCCGACAACAUCCCCAAAGCUGACGAGAUCCGCACGCUGGUCAAAGACAUCUGGGACACGCGCCUCGCUAAACUCCGCCUGUCUGCUGACAGCUUCAUCAGUCAGCAGGAAGCUCAUGCUAAGCUGGACAACUUGACUUUGAUGGAGAUCAACACCAUCAGAGGGUUCCUCCUGGAGUCGCUCAACUGCAUGUACAAGCUACGCUCCAACCUGCAGCCGGGGUCCAGUAAGGACUAUUGAAGGAUACAUCCUGCUGAUUCAGUCCUUGUUGAGGUCAGGCUGGGACAGCACUGUCGGACUUCUUUUUUUUAACCCCGGGCAUCACCCUUCAGAAUUUAGCUCCUGGCAUAGUUAUCGACGAUAUUUGGCCAAAGAUAUUGCAUGUUGAUGACACGUUCUAGCUAGCAAAUGACCACAUCCUCGCUAACGUCCCGCCACAGUGUUAGUCGUUAAAGGCCUACUGAAACCCACUACUACCCACCACGCAGUCUGAUAGUUUAUAUAUCAAUGAUGAAAUAUUAACAUUGCAACACAUGCCAAUACGGCCUUUUUAGUUUACUAAAUUGCAAUUUUAAAUUUCCCGGGAGUUUCGUCUUGAAAACAUGUAAUGAUGACGUGUACGCAAGACGUCACGGGUUUUUAGGAAAUAUGAGUGCUACGCACACACACAGCUAAAUGUCGUCUGCUUUAACACCAUAAUUAUACAGUUUUUUGGACAUUUGUGUUGUUGAAUCUUUUGCAAUUUGUUCAAUUAAUAUGGAGAAGUCAAAGUAGAAAGAUGGAGUUGGGAAGCUUUAGCCUUUAGCCUUUAGCCACACAAACACACAGUGAUUCCUUGUUUAAAAUUCCCGGAGGGGAAAAUUUACUGUGGAUCAGAGCGCUGUCAAGCCAACAUGAGACAUAUCAGAUUGUUGGUGGCUUUAUUUUGUACCUUUCGCGUUCAUAUUUCAGUGUUUGUUGCAUUUUUGUCGCGUUUCACUCGAUUGUAAAAUAUGUUGAUCGAGAGGGGAUAUGACAUAUAUUUUGUCAAUAUUCAGUGUUUUAUCGUUCAUAGAAAAAGUUAAAAUUCUAUUAUGUUUUUCAAGGCGGUCUGUCAUAACGUUUUUAGCAUUCAAUCAGAUGUUAUUGUGAGGUUUUAUAUUAGUGUUCCUAAUAAUAGAUAUACCGGCCCCAAGACACAUUUUUUUCUUUAAAUGUGGCCCCCCAGUCAAAAUAAUUGCCCAGGCCUCUGCCGUAGGAGGAUUCAAGAAGACAUGAUAACUUCUAAGCUAGCGCGCAUGAAUGUAAACGGGUGGCGGAUGGAUACAAAUUUCAACAAUAACUAUACUAACUUAUGAUCGAUACUGCAAUGAUUAAAUCGAUGAUUUUACUAUCACAACAUUGGUUUAUUUUGUAGUUAUUAUGGUUUACAAACUCAGGAAAUGACGAACUGGACACACUAAGGCUUUAAACACAAAUAAAUGAUUUACAUAAGAUUCAACAGUAGUUCUUGUUUAUGUUUAGUUAUUUGCACUGUUGGCUUUAUUUUGGUCCAAAUAUGUCAAAAAGAAAAAAUAAAAUAAUUUUAAUAUUUAAUCACUAAAUUGGCCCUAGUGUGUGAAUUUGAGUGUGAAUGUUGCCUAUCUGUGUUGGUCCUGUGAUGAGGUGGCGACUUGUCCAGGGUGUACGCCCGAUUGCAGCUGAGAUGGGCUCCAGCGAAUGUCUCUGAUACUUGGUUAGGAUUCAGGUCAAAACAUGUAAAUGGAGUAUUAUUAGCAUGUAAAAAAAAAAUGUUUAUUUAGCUGGCUUAAUGGACGCAAUUUAUUUAUUUUACAAUUAGUGCAUAAAAAACAAAAACAUGUGUUCUUGUCUUACACAAAGAUUGUGAAUGAAAGGCAAAAGUCCAAAAAAGUGCAUUUCCUUUUUAACAGGAGUGAAGACAGAACCAUGCUGCAACAGAAACUAACCAAACACAGUAUUAACAAUAAAUUAGUAAGUGAAUAAAUAGUUUUGAGAAAAAAAUACAACCAGAAAUGAGGCAGUAUGUUAUUGAAUACGUCAGCGGCCAAGUUAGGAGCCAUUUUAACCUGUUUUGAAAUGCUUCAAUCAUAGUGCAAAUAUUUUAUUUAUACAUAAAGGUGAUAUAGAUUUUAGGCCAAAUCGCCCAUCCCACCCUAAUGUUCAUGUUAUAAAAGAAUGGCUUAUGACUGUGAUAAUAAACACAUAUAAUUACCUGACACAAAUCAAAUCAGACAUUUUGGAAAUAUUUUAUUUUCUUUUUUUGUCUGAAAUCACAGCCAUAUAUUCAUAAAUACCUAAUUACUACAUUCAACAAAGAAUAUAUUACAUUACAAUGGGUUCAAACGAACAUUUCUGAAAACAGGAUUCACAGCAUCUAGACAUCCUCCACUGGUGCUAUUUUUGCGUGGCCAUGCGCGGGUGGUGAUAUAGAGGGGGGCGGGGCUUCUACUGUAGUUUACCCAGGCCUUCCAACCAAUAGGCUGCAGCGUUCUGGCUGAACUGACAUGAAUGAGAAAGAGUUGAGCUCCAUGCAAGUUCGAUCACUGACUGAAAAGAAAGGAGGCACUUAUUCAUCGACUGAUAAUGUCUGCGCAUUUCCUAAAUUGAAGUAUUGAAAUUCUCGCAAGUUGAUGGAAAGUGUUCAAGUCGGCGAGGAAGUUGUCAAUUUUGUCACAAUUUGGCAAGUGAUUGUUCAAUUGAAUGUAGCAUGACUGGCAUUUUUAGGCUUUUAGCUUAUUCCUAUUGUGGCCCUGUGUUUUGUUUUGGCUAAAUCAUUUCAAAUGCAAUUGGCACUGGGCCCUUCAUGGUGGUGGAGAAAAGGCGGAGGCUUGUCACUUAAUGCUAUAUGAGAUGAGGAGUCUUCAGGAAAUUAAGCUGGUGGCUUUACUUCAUGUUUUUGAAACAAACAAAAAAAAAAAAGGCAAGUAAAAAAACAAACUGUCAAGUCAGCGGCACGGACA